CCAACCUCAGGCCCGAUGGGCCUCGAUAGAGAAAUGGAUGAAUACUCAGCGUCAGCGACCACCGUUGCGUUCGACCGUCCGAUACCGCUGCUCCGGGGACCCACUCCCGCCGGGGGAUCGGAAUCAGGUCAAUACGUUCUAGCCUUCCGAUCCCUGGAUUCAUGGGCUGCCGCUUACAAGCGUUCCGAAGCCCAAAUCAAGGAGCAGUGCGAGGAAGGCGCCAGAAUCGGGUGCGCCGUAUCCGCGUCCAACAACUGUAAGCCUCCGUGGUGGCGGAGCUUCGGCGGCGCGGUCCCGGACAUGAGGGAACGAGAAAAGUGCGAGGAGCGUGAGUUCAAGGAAUGUCUGGGUGCGGCCAAGGAGAAGUGCUCGAGAUUCGCCAAGGAAAAGUGCUCUGCUGCGUUUUUAGACGCACGAGUCGCGGUGGAGAGGGAGGAGGUUGAGGGAUUGGUCUGGCUAGCGUCAAUGCCGGAGGACAGCAGCAGGUGGUUGGGUUCAUUGGUUCAGGCAAGACGGGGCAAAACUAACCGCAGAGCCAGGGAUCUUCUUCUUCUGAACCAACAAAAAAAAUCGCAUGCUACUUGCCUCUGAUGUGAAAGCCUUGUUCAAUUAAAUCCCCACUCUAUUUGUUAUCAAUGAGCACAAACGGUUACUAAAAUGUUUAGAUUCAAAAGCUCUCACUGUUUGUGAUUUUCUUGGAUAUGUUAAGCUUGUGUGCUUCAAUUUACUAUAUAUAUUGCUUCCACUGCAGAAGCCGAUUUAAGACUAAUUUAAGAAAAUCAAGGAAAAGCUAUUGUGAGUAUGAGUUGGGUUGUUAGCCACUGAAAGAUAUCGUAAGACUAACUUUCGAUUUUCUACUGUACAGUCGCAAUGGUAAGUUACACAGUUUGUACUUGUAGAAAGAUAACUAUGUUUGAAGUUUUGUCUUGAAAUACGGGUCUUUUUUUUGUAAGGUUAGCUUGUCUUGUGAUGUCUGGGUGAAUAUGUGAGAGAUAGCAGUUAGGUUUUGUAUAGUUAUCUAUUUCUUCAAACGUUUGGCUUUGCACA